AUGGCACAGUUCAUAGGUUUGCACAUGCGAGUUGUACUGCGGGAUCCUCCUGGGAGUGAAUUUACAGGGACAGUUGUGGACGUCCAGGCAGGCAGCGGGUUGACCUUAACUAACGUGUUUUUGAUUAACACCAAGCAAUGGCUCCCCCACCUACAAGUUCACGCUGCCAACAUUGCUGAUCUAGCUGAGGUUAAGGACGAUGCACCAGCAGCUACAUAUGCGCCCGCUCCCGCCGAACCUAUCGCUGCGCCUGUUGUUUCGAGACCGCAACCGCCGCCGCAACCUGCCUUUGUCGACCCUGCCAUUCUUAGUCUGGGACGGCCACCAGCACCAGCGACACCCUUAGGCUCUGACGCAAAAGGUCCUGCGCCUGGGGAUGGCAGUUUUGAAUUGCAAGCUGCUCCCGUAAGCGCCGCGGUUUCUACGCCAGGACGACCCACCCCUGAUCACGACUUGACGGGAUCUGUCAGUAACUUGGCCAUCAGCGAAGCGGCUCCAGAGUCGGGCAAUGGCCGCCCAGCUGAGAGCCAGGCAACUCGGUCUGCAAAGAAGAAGAACAAUAACAGGCGCUCUCGCCAAUCCAAGCAAGGAAAGGGGCAGCGGGCAGAAGAUGAUGGUCAAGCUGGUGAAAGCUCACCUGCUAGCGGAAGAGGCAAGGGGUGGAGACAAACGCCCAUUCUACAGAGUACAGCGUCUUUUCAGCCAUUUCACUCCCUGAAGAAAAACGUCAAGGGGCGUAAGGGCAUGCUGGACAACGGCUGGGCGUCCGAGGAAGUCACAGAAGAGAUGGGCGAUUUUGAUUUCGAGAACAACCUCGCGAAAUUUGACAAACGUACCAUUUUUGAUCAAAUGAGAAAGGAGGAUCAAGUUGAUGAUGCCAGCCGAUUAGUAGCUCACAACCUGAAGCCGAAACCUGGCACAGCCGGCGGUAAGAACCUACAUUACACUGAAAAUGUGCUGGAUCUGCCGUCUGCAACCAAGAAGGAUGCAGAUUUCUGGAACAGUGAGGCAGAUGACGGGUUAAACGAGGCGGAACGACUCUCGGGAAGGGAUGCCCGGAGCGGGCAAAGCAAUCGAAGAGCUGACAGCAAAUCGGGGCCUUCGCGGCGAUCACAAUCACGGAAGGCGAGUGCGGUCGCGAUAUCUGGAGGUCUCCCGUUGAGCCGCGUCAACUCUGGCCAAGGCCACCCGCCCGGCUUAUACCUUGUCCCCUCGCACAAACGCCUCGAAACCGUUUCUGCCCUACAGAUGCUAAAUCUCGAAAACAUAGCUGCGAACGAGAUUGGGUUGACGGAGCAGCUCAUGUCGGAGAAUGGAGGACGAGGUAUUGCCGAGGUAGCUUUAACAGCCCUAUCAGACCCUGCUAUCAAGGUGCGGUUUGGACUUGCUGGAGCGAACCCAUCCUCUAGCACUACGCUAAGUAGUCCGGCGGUAGUGAUUCUAGCCGGUAACAAUAAGUCUGGGAUUCGGGCCAUUGCGGCUGGACGCCAUCUUCGAAACAAGAGUGUCAACGUGCUCGUGUGCUUAGUGGGCAUUGAGCGAGAGAAAGACCUGUUGGAGGACCUACGGCAACAAAUUCAACUUUACCGCGCGUUUGGGGGUAGGAUCCUCAGCAAAACAGAUCUCUUCGAGCACCUGCGUAAAGCAUCGUCGUCCGGCUCACCCGUAUCGGUCUCACUUAUCAUCGAUGCACUUCUGGGCUUAACCAUUUCUUUUGAGGAAUUACGGACUGGAGAUCAAGCUACGGUUUAUGAGCUGAUGGAGUGGGCGAAUCGAAAUGAGGCCUUUGUACUUUCAGUCGAUGUUCCGACGGGUAUUGAUCCGACUUCCGGCAAAGUGGCAGUCAUAGACGGAGGUCGCUUGUUUGUGAAGCCGCGAUAUGUUAUUGCCAUGGGCGCUCCCAAGCGAGGCCUUCUUGAGGCCGUGACACCACCAAACGAGGACAACCCCCAGAACAUGAACAAUGCAGGCCACGAGGAUGAGUGGCGACUCUUCAUUGCAGAUAUCGGCUUAGGUAGUGCCGUUUGGAGAAAGGCCGGGACCAAGAUUCGACGAGGCAUCGACUUUGAUGAGAAGUGGGUGCUCGAGAUGAAGUAUCGAGAUGGACAGCAGGACGAAACCGACUACGAGGAGGAAUAA